AUGACAGGCACGGAAUCUGUGGUCAACAAAAACAGCCACAACACCCACAAUGACAACGACCAAAACAACGUCAAUUAUACCGAUAACCACGACAACAACGACCACAACAACGACCACAACAACAACCACAACAACACCAAUAUUGACAACAACCAAAACAACGUCAAUUAUACGGAUAACCACGACAACGAUCACAACAACAAACACAAUUACAACGACCAAAAUAACGUCAACUAUAUCGAUAACCACGACAACGACCAUAACAACGACCACAACAAUACCAAUAUUGAGAACGACCAAAACAAAGUCAAUUAUACCAAUAACCACAAGAACGACCAAAAUAGCAUCAACUAUAUCGAUUACCACGACAACGACCUUAACAACAACUACAACAAUAACCACAACAACAAGGUCAAUAAAAACAACCACAACACCCACAAUGACAACGUACAAAACAACGUCAACUAUACCUAUAACCACGAAAACGACCUCAACAACGACUACGAGAACGACCACAACAACAAGGUCAAUAAAAACAACCACAACACCCACAAUGACAACGUACAAAACAACGUCAACUAUACCUAUAACCACGAAAACGACCUCAACAACGACUACGAGAACGACCACAACAACUAGGUCAAUAAAAACAACCACAACACCCAUAAUGACAACGACAACGUCAACUAUAUCGAUGACCACGACAAAUACCACAACAACGACCAAAACAACGACCAAAACAGCUUGGUCAUUGAAAACAACCACAACAUCAGAAACAGCAACACCCACAACGAUGAAAACUUCAGUUCCAACUGUAGAAGUCAUUC